GGCCCCGCUGGCCUCCGCGGGUGGCUCGGCACUCGGGCACCCGGCUCGCUCCGAGCCAGCCGCCGAGCCCGCCAGCCCACCAGCCCGCCGAGGUCAUGGGCUGCCACGGCCGCGUGUCCGAGCUGCUCCGCCGCCACCUGCAGCCCACGCUCACCUACUGGAGUGUCUUCUUCAGCUUCGGCCUGUGCAUCGCCUUCCUGGGGCCCACGCUGCUGGACCUGCGCUGCCAGACACAUAGCUCGCUGCCCCAGAUCUCCUGGGUUUUCUUCUCCCAGCAGCUCUGCCUCCUGCUGGGCAGCGCCCUCGGGGGCAUCUUCAAGAGGACCCUGGCCCAGUCGUUAUGGGCCCUCUUCACCUCCACGUUGGCCAUCUCCCUGGUGUUUGCUGUCAUCCCCUUCUGCCGAGAUGUGAAGGUGCUGGCCUUGGUCAUGGCACUGGCGGGACUGGCCAUGGGCUGUAUUGACACAGUGGCCAACAUGCAGCUGGUGAGGAUAUACCAGAAGGACUCAGCUAUCUUCCUCCAGGUGCUUCAUUUCUUCGUGGGCUUUGGCGCUCUGCUGAGCCCCCUGAUCGCCGACCCCUUCCUGUCUGAGACCAACUGCUUUCCUACCAACAGCACGGCUAACAUCUCCUCUAGAAGCCACCUGUUCCACGCCGCCCGGGUCCUAGGCCAGCAACAUGUGGCAGUGCAGCCUCAGCCCAACCAGACGCUCCCUGGACCAGCCCCUAAGGGUGGGGCGGAGACGCGCGUGUCUUAUGCCUUCUGGAUCAUGGCCCUCAUCAAUCUUCCAGUGCCCAUGGCUGUGCUGUUCCUGCUGUCCAAGGAGCGGCUGCUGACCUGCUACACUCAGCGCAAGCCCCUCCUGCUGCCUGCAGACGAGCUCGCCCUGGAGACCCGGCCUCCUGAGAAGGAAGACACCUCACUGUCCUCAAAGUUCCAGCCACACCAAGGGCAUGAGGACCUCUUCAGCUGCUGCCAGAGGAAGAACUUCCGGGGAGCCCCUUGCUCUUUCUUUGCCAUCCACGUCACAGCUGCCCUGGUCUUGUUCAUGACAGAUGGGAUGACGGGGGCGUAUUCAGCCUUUGUGUACAGCUACGCAGUGGAGAAGCCUCUGUCUGUUGGCCACAAGGUGGCAGGUUACCUCCCCAGCCUCUUCUGGGGCUUCAUCACACUGGGUCGGCUCAUCUCCAUUCCUGUCUCCUCCAGAAUGAGGCCAGCCACCAUGGUCUUCAUCAAUCUGGUGGGCGUGGUGGUGACAUUCCUAGUGCUCCUUAUUUUUUCCUACAAUGUCAUCUUCCUGUUCUCGGGGACAGCGAGCCUGGGCCUGUUCCUCAGCAGCACUUUUCCCAGCAUGCUGGCCUACACGGAGGACAUCCUGCAGUACAGAGGUUGUGCGACCACAGUGCUGGUGACAGGGGCUGGCCUUGGCGAGAUGGCCCUACAGAUGCUGGUUGGUUUGAUAUUCCAGGCCCAGGGCAGCUAUAGUUUCCUGGUCUGUGGUGUGAUCUUUGGCUGCCUGGCUUUUACCUUCUAUGUCUUGCUCCUGUUUUCCCACAGGAUGCACCCUGGACUCCCAGCAGUUCCUACCCAAGACAAACCACUGGGGAUGGAGAGCCCUGAGUGCUACCAGAGGUGAAAGUGGCUGCUAAGAGGCAAGAAAGACCUCCAGCUGCUGAGCACUGAGGCAACCGUACUUCUGCAGGAAGCUGAAGCUCACGGGAGACCUACCUUUGCUCGAAUCGUCUCCACUCAUUCUCAGUUGGGUAGAAGGCAUUGUCUGGGUACCUGGGUCUCCCCCUGGCAAAUCAUUAGAGGCUUGCCUACCUACUGAUUCCAACUGCCUUUGGCUCCCCUGGUUUGGCUUUGGAAAGAGCUGUCCAGGACACCGAGCUGGGAGGGCAGAAGGCAGCUAUGCAUGGACCAUACCCUGGGUUUGAGAUCACUCUUAGUUGAAGUUUGAAAAAAAUAGGCUGAAAUUGCAAAGCUUAAUGAUCAUUGCUAUAUGUAGAUAUAUUUUAAAUCAAUCAAAACAAACUCUGUUAUUCCCUGGCAUGUUAAAAAAAAAUCUAUGUCUUUUCUACUAAGAGUCCAGAGUCUCCCCAUGCCCACUGUGAACAGGUUAUCUGUAUUGGAGGACAUCAAAAGGAGAGGCUGAGCCAUCCUCUUUGGGACAUCACUUCAGUGGUAUGUCUGGCUAGCUCCAGCCAGCUUAGAAAAGCUGAUUGGUAAAUUUUUAUUUUGAGAGCUGGUUGUCAAAUGCAACCGUGAUUAAAAUUAAAUUAACUUAUAAUAGUCAAAACUUAUCACUUCUUAGUUUUACUGUAGUGAGGCCCUUGGAGUUGUGUGGCAGCUGGGGCUGGCAUCUGCUGGGCCCGUCUUCCCAGCCCUCUUGAGAGGCACGCUGGUAGCUUCAGACCCACCACGGAGGGAGUAUUUAUACCACCGAAACCGGCAAAGGCUAGGAAUCAGGGCUUUUGCCCUAUGUAUCUAUCAAUGCUGACUGUCCCAGAAAUCACCUAAGACAAUGAGAUGGCUGUUUUGUUUUCCUGACACUUGACUAGCCAUGUAAAAGGUAUAACCAAUACUAAGAAUUUCCAAAAUUAUCUCCUCUAAAUUUUACAUCUUUUAUAGAGGAAACAUUUUUUUUUUUUUUUUAGCAUGUCAAGGUCUGGGACUACUGAACAAUUCAAGCUGUAUCCUGUACCGAAAGCAGUAUACCCUGCCUAGGACUUUGGGCUCCUAUGCAACGAAGUGGGUCAUAAUAGAGAGAAUGCAGACUCCCCAGCUCAGACAGGGCCAGAGGAGGACUGAGGCUGCAGGAAACAGGGAAGUAUUUUGCGACUGGUGGAAGUGGAGAGCGGUUACAGUACUUGGGUGACCUGUACUAUAUAUAUACCAAAGUACAGGUAUGCAUCAAAACCUAAGUAGAUCGUGGUUCCUACCAAGCCCACCUGAUGCUGAAAGGUUUCUCGAGGACCUGUGUUGAGGCUGUCAGUUCCCCCCGCCACCACCACCAGCCCAUAGUGACGAUAAUCUGGCUGGAGAGAAAUCCAGAUCAGCUGCUGCCUGGCCUUCUACCUGUGAGGUACUUCCAACCUCACUUUUGUUUUUUAAACCAGGAAACUAACAUUUCUAAAAGUACCCUACCUCAUAGGAAUAAUAAGAGAAUUAAGUGAAUUUGUAUAAAGCACUUGCUAUAUAUGCCUGACCUAGAAAUUAAUAAAUUUUGGUAACCUUUAUUUUAAAGACCUCCUCAGAAGCAAUUUAGAAAUUGUUCAUUUGUUUGGUACAUACAUGUAAAACAGAUCUGGCUUCUUAGGAAAACUGGUCAGUGAUGUAGGGGCAUAGUUUUAACUGUGUCAAUAAAUAUUUCAAAAGUAUUAGAUGCUAAUCAAAUUUAAAAAUGCAGUCUAACAGUAGCGACUGGCCUGGGCAGAAAGGAAGUUUUAUUUUUCUUGUGCUUUUUCAAGAAAACACCCUUUUUAUACAGAUUUAGAAAGAAAAUCAAUGGUAUAUCUAAGUUGAUUGUAAUUAAUUUGUUAAUACAGAAAAGACAAAAAUCUAAGAGUACCUUUCCUAAAAUAAAGUAUUUUAAAUGUA